GAUAAAGCACUAGAGAAUCCAAACAAAACAUAACAAAAAAAAAAAGGAAAAAGAAUAUCUGAGAUAGUAAGUUAUCAAGAGAGAGUCGUUGGCAUCAUCCCUCCUUCCUUUAAAGGAUGCUGUGUCUUCUCUCUUCCUAGGAGUAUCUUUUAGAAAGAGAGAGAUGAAGACAGAAGAGAAUGAAUAUGAAGAAGAAGAAGAAGAUGACUACAUAGACAUGGAGCUGAGCUCAUCCUCAGACAGCAGAGAAUUCGAGUUCCAAAUGUCCGGCGCCGCCACCCUCACUCAAACAGCCGACCACCUCUUCCACAAAGGCAGACUCCUCCCCCUCUACCUCCUCCCCUCCACCACCGCCAACGCCGCCGCCGACAUCUCCCCAUCAGAAUCGCGCCGAGCGAGCUGCGACCUCAGCUCCGACGACUUCUUCUUCGAAUGGUCAAGCGACCUCAUCAGCCACCGCCACCACCCCACCAAAAUCCCGUGGCCCAAGAAGCUCAAGCACUCCCUCAAAGCCUACCUCAAAUCACUCUUCAUCAAAUACGCCAAAUCCCAAGAAAUCAAUGCCAAGAGAAACCCCACUGCAAUCGACGACGAUACGGCGCAGCAGAGGAGGUCGUUUUCGAGCGCAAUCAAGCGGCAUUCACCGACAAAGUGCCUGUCGUCGUCUUCCUCGAAUUCAUCAUCAGCCGCCUCAUCUUUCUCGCUCAACUCCAACGGCUUGCACGACCAGCUGCAGAGGAGCAGCAGCGCCACCGACACCGAGGCUUCCAUUGAAGCCGCCAUAGCUUAUUGCAAGAAAUCUCAACAGAUUUCUUAACUCUUGCAAUUGCAAUUUCCAGAUUAUAUAUCUAUAUAUAUAUAUAUGCUCUAUGAAAUACUCCCUCCGUCCCCUCCUAAUAGGAGUCGCUCUUUGAC